CAACACUAGUGACUGGUCUUGUUGGCCAUGCCCCGCGCCAAGGCCGGUCGCCACAACACGCUCGCCAAGGAAGCCUCGUGCAGUGAGGUACAGCAGGCGAGCCCGACCAAGCCAAGCGCUUUGCGGCGGCCGCGUGGCGAGCUCGCGCACGAAAUGCAGGCCAUGAGCCUUGCGUCCGAGGCCAAAGUCCGGAGGCGGCAAUGCCACUUGGUGGUGCUCGCCACCGAAGCCAAGGCCGGCGUGGUCAAGAUCGCGUAUGCCGACGCUAGUUCGUACCGCGGCCAAGUGCUUCCUGGCUCUAGCCCGCCACAGCGUCACGGCAAAGGCACGUUUGAAGCGCACGACGGCGAUGUGCUCGAGGGCACCUGGAAGGACGACCGGAUGCACGGCUUUGGCACGCGUAUCUUCUCGCGCACGGGUGACCGCCACGAGGGUAUGUACUACAAGGACAAGCGCCAUGGCCGAGGCACGUACCUCUGGAGCAACGGCGACAAAUUUGUCGGUGAGUUCUACAACGGACGGAUGCACGGGCCGGGCAUCUUGAUCGCAGCCAACGGCGACACGUUCGAAGGCGAGUGGACCAAAGGCGCAGUCGCCUCCGGCGUGCUCACAUCGGCCAGCGGCGACGUCCUCGCGGGUCACGACCAUGUUUCCUCUGUUUGGCACGACGGGCGCUUCACGGGCGUCGGUCGCAAGCUCUUUCGGAACGGCGACUCGUAUAUUGGGUCGUUUGUCGGAAGCGUCCUCGCCGGCCUCGGCACCUACCAUUGGGCGAACGGAGAUGUGUACCAAGGCGAGAUGGCAGCGAGCAAGAUGCAUGGGCGCGGCGAGGUCAAGUACGCGGAAGGGCGCUACGACGGCGCGUUUGCCCGCGGCGUGUACCACGGGUACGGUCGACGCACGUAUGCGUCCGGCGCCGUUUACGAGGGCCACUUUGAGCACGGCGCCCGGCACGGGUUUGGCAAGUACCAAUGGAUCGACGGCGAAGUGUACCAAGGCGAAUGGACCCACGACCGGCCGCAUGGUAUCGGCGUCUGGUCCAGCGACGACCGCCUCUUCCACGGUAGCUGGCGCCGCGGCGUGCCACACGGACCGGGCGCCUACGUCGACCAAGUGACAAAAGAAGCGACGUACGCCGAGUUUUCGCUCGGCACGAGUGCAGACGGCCGCCUCGUGUUACCCGAGCUUCUCCUCGACGCGUAAUUGGUAUCUGAAAGCGUGUUUGUCCGCGGUUCGUCGUUCGAGUCGCGCAUAGAGUUGUUGUUUUUUAUUCAAAAACGUGUGCUAGUACGGAUCGUCGACCCACUUUAACAAACCAUUGGUCGAGCUAGCUGGCCAAGCAAUGUCCGAGACCUCUGUCUGGUGGCUCAAUCACCACAACUUUAUUUGUCCAGGCCGCGCCUUGCGCCAUCGACAUCUUUUCACAUCCGAAUCCAAACUAUGGCGUUGGCCGACCUCCGCGGCAUGGCGAAUCGUCCGAUUCAGUCUCGGGGUUGAGCCGCAUGACAUUGCAACAGGCUUGACACCGCUCAUCUUUGAAUCACUAUUGUCAAGCGUCCCCGGAAGACUCGGCUUGUGUCCCAAACACAAACACAGUACAGUAUAGCGUAACUAGAUAGAUCGAUGUAUUCAUUUGAUGCGG